AUGGAAUUCAGGCUCCAACAAACCGCUUACAAAAGGGUCACCAUAGGAGUUGGAGAUUCGGAGAUUGCUUCAAGGGAUGCAGCGAGUCAAAUAGCAAGGAUGGACAGCUCUGACUAUCUGGAUGGAUUGCAAAGAUCAUAUCUUUGUAGCUCUUCACACAUUGGGUGUAAGUCGGUGCGCGACGACGACAAACUUGAACUAUAUGAUGCUUGUCUGGUGGAAGACUCGAUAUUGAAUGCCAUUGUCAAUCUACAGAUCUUCUGCAAUUAUAAAUUAAAAAAAUAUGGGGUUAUUUUAAGAUUUUGUCGCGGUGUUGGUCGAACAGCUCAGGCCAAGAACUGUCAUUCAAAUGGGCAAGGACGCUGGCCUGUGAAAUUAGUGAAGUUCAUUCUAGAUUUGCUUAAGAAUGCUGAGAGCAACGCAGAUGUGAAAGGUUUGGAUGUGGAUUCUCUUUACAUAUCCCAUGUCCAGGUGAACCAAGCGCAGAAGCAGAGGAGACUCACAUACCAUGCUCAUGGGAGGAUCAACCCUUAUAGGAGGAUCAACCCUUAUAUGUCAUCUCCAUGUCACAUUGAGCUGACCUUAUCUGAGAAAGAGGAGCCAGUGAAGAACUCUGAGACUCAGCUGGCCCCCAUAACACCCAAGAAGGCUCAUGCUUUGCGAAGUGGUGCAUCUUCUUGAAUGGGUAUUUGAGAUGAUGAGCAAUUUUUGUCUCUUGCCAUUUAAAGUCUUUUCCUCUUUAUAGACUAUGACGUUGCUUGUCAUCUGGUGUCUUGUUAUUCAUAGAUGCCAGGACAUGUU